CGCGACGAAAGCAGUGGCAGACAUGGAAAACAACGAAGAGUAGGAGAGAGGAGGCCGCACGCCUCAGCCCCACCACUUUUUCUGUCUCCUCCUGUUCUUCGCCGUCGUCAGGAUGAUAUCCCCUGCUACAAAUCCCGAAAUGACCCACGUUGUCGGCAAGGCCGACAACCGCCAGCACGCUGUGGUGAACCUUUCAUCUCCAGACCACAGCCUGCCUUUCUCAUCGCUCCGUGCGCGGCCAACCCUUCUAGGAUUGACUUCCAACAAUCUCAGCUAUGCCCGUGGUGGAGAUCUACUAUAUUGGUGGAAAACAUACCCCGUUCCACACACCGCGCCGGCCCCAUACAACGAUCAAUCGUCUUGGGGUAUUGUCCCGGCAUGGGGAUACGCUACUGUCACCGAGAGCAAUGUCCCUGGUAUGAUCCCAGGCUCCCUUAUCUGGGGAUACUGGCCUACCUCCACGUCGCCCACUCUCCUGUGCUUGGAACGCAGUGAUCCUGAAGGCCACUGGGUGGAGGUUAGCAACCAUAGACAACAGCUUAUGCCUUUAUACAAUCGCUAUGAACAGGUACUCCCUGAUGAAGAAAAAGAGGUGGAUGGGAGGGCAUGGAGCACGGUUUUCCGAGGGGUCUGGGUCGCCGGAUACCUGCUUAGUGAGUAUGUAUUUUCUCCCGACCCGCGCGCACGAGAACCAGUUCAUCCGCUUGGCGCAGCGAGUAAACUCCCCUGGUCUACGAAUGAUGCUGAUCUCUCGAACGCUGUUGUAAUGGUUCUGGGCGCGUCGACCAAGGUUGCGCGGUCGUUUUCAUGGUGUCUUUUCGACCGGCCCAGCGAAAGUGGGCCCCUAGGUUUGGUACAGGUCACUUCAUCGCCUGAUGCAUUGCAGGCGAUGACAGAUAGAAAAGGCUGGGGGGGGAUGUUCAAAACAUUGACAUAUGCCGAAAUUGACCAAGCAACUGAGUGGAUCGAGGGUCUACAGCCAUCGAAGCUGGUAAUUGUCGACUGCGGAGCGCGGGAUAAUGUCCUUAGUCAGAUAUGCCACAAUCUUCGAGAGUCCGCACUCCCGUCCUGCAAAACUGUCAUUCUGCAGGUGGGCAGUCAACAGAAGGUGUACACGGCGGACGAAGUCCAGACUGCCCGUGCAGCUAUGGCAUCGCUUGGAAAGAUCCAGUAUAAUACCUCCGGCGUCCAGGAUACAGUGAUCGACCGGGAGGGAGCUGCAACAUAUUUCGGAAAUGUUUCGCGCAGGUGGAAGGAAUGGUUAGCACACCGUUCCGGCGCCAUCCCUGACAUGCGUUUAGCCUAUGGGCAGGGCAUUGCUGGAGACAAUGGGAUUUAUGGGGGAUGGGAAAGACUUUCCAAUGGUGCAGUAAGACCCGAACAAGGAUUGGUUUAUGUCCUGUAGAUCUCAUUACAGACAUAUGGGACUAUUGUUCUAUCCAGGUUGUCGGCCGCCGUGGGACUCAAGCCCUAAAGGCGAACGCCACAGAAAAAUAUCACCACGACACCGAACAGCAGAGGAAAAUAAGAAACCGGCUGUGGGUUCUGGACCAGCUUCGUUUCACUGCGCUUGACCGCCGAUUUGCUAUCCUUCCACCCUAGACUGCCCCUAUCCUCAGUGACAAAAACAUAUGUCAGCUUCGGAGCUUCAGCGCACGUCUGCGCAACAUUCUUCGCCAUGAAAUCCAACCCAAUAAGCGGUAACACCCAUCGUUGCGCGAUGUAACUCAGCCACCCUAAUACGCCUGCCCAGCCGCCCUAGUUCGACGAUCUUCACUAAGGAACUAAAAAGAAAAAAAAUAACUCAACAGUAACAGAUUGUAUAACAGCACGUGGAGGACUGUUUCGGAGCCAGACACAACUUCCGGCUUCCGAUUACUCAGCGGAAUUGUAGAUCUGAACGACACCAGAGUCUGG